AUGUAUAAAUUUGCCAGUACAGCAUCAAUAGCUGCACCCAGUGCUCAGUUGACAUUAAGUGGUUCGGGAGUGUUCAUAUUUCAAAUUGGUAGUGCAUUAGGAACAUCGCUUAACAGUCAGAUUGUGCUGGUAAAUGGUGCAUUACCACAGUGUGUGUUUUGGUUGAUUGGAAGUAGUGCAGUAUUGGGCAGUGGCUGUAAAUUUCAAGGUAUCCUAAUGGCAUCAGCGUCGAUUGGAUUUAUGGAUGGUGCCUCACUGGUUGGUGCAGCCUAUGCACAAAACGCAGCUGUAACACUAAUUAAUAGCGUUAUCACCGUUCCGCCAGCAUGUAAUCUAUAA